AUGAAUACGUUCAGUAAGCUAUUUAGCAACGCAUAUAACAUCGCACAUAACAACGAAGAAAAUGAGUGGAAAAAAGGAAACGUGUCAAAAGUUGGCGCCACGCAUACGCUGUUAAAAAGUGCACCUAAUCAGUAUAGGCAAUGGAAUAACGUAAAUUUUUCAACAAAGAAAAAUGUUGACAUUGGAGAAGUAGUCAUAACAAAUCUUAAAAAGGAGGAAUCGGUGUUACUACCACAUAGGGCACACAAACUUGGUGGAUUCUCGAACGGCUGUGUGUCUAGACAAGUGGGAAAACAGAGUAGUUCCUUCAGUGUGCAGGCAAAAAGUAACUCCUUCAGUAGAAAUGCAAAGGAUGUAAAUAACAGCGAGUACUCAUUAUACAAUCCGCACAAUUUGUUCAAUGCGUACAGAUUGAAGAACCCGUAUUACCAUCUACAAAAUGCUUUGCUCAAAUAUGAAUCUAAUUAUCCUGACUAUGCGGUACAGAAAGGGGUAUCGAAUAGUACGGCUCAAAAUGGAAAGAUAAUUUUAAAGCAAAAAUGGUGCCCUCCAAAGGAUUACGUACCUCAGGUCGAUAUUAAUAUAAAUGACAAUUAUGAACAGAGGAAAGGAGCAUAUUUUAAUCAUAACGAUAAUGAAUAUAGUGACAAAGACAGUAAUUUAAUACUUAGAAGUAAAGCCUACCCCAAUUGGGGGGUGCAAAAUAACUUAAAAAAUUAUGUGAAUUUGCCCCCCCUUGAAUUAAGCACGAAAAAUGAAGCACUACGUAGUGAUAACUUUUAUGGGAAUGCGAAAAUUGGAAGGUCAUUGAGCCACAUGAAUCGGAAUGAAAACGAAAAGAAAAAUCAUGUUAUCGAAAUGGGGAUAAAAAAUGUUACACACGAAGGGAUCUCCAGUAAGACAAUGGGGAUUCCGCUUAGGGGUCUUCUCAGCAAUGCCAAACUUGGGCAGCCCCCCGAUGGUAUCAGCAGUAAGAUCAGCCGGAAUGGCAACCAUGUCACAAGUGAAAUGCUCACCAACCCAGGUGGUCCACUGCACAGGAAUGUACAUCCUAUGACACAUUUGACCUCAAAUGGAAGUGGGGCCCCCCUAAACGAAAAUGAAUAUUGGAAAAACCCAAAUGAAAAUUUCCUGAAUAGAACCUACUCUCUUAAAAGUAUGAGUCAUAAAAGUGUAAGCAAUUCGAAGAGGAUGGAAAAUCAAUUUAACCCAUCUGUACUUAUUUCGAAUGAACAGAGAAUGGGAGAAAAAUCCAUUUCAAAAGCAACCCCUCGGGAAAAGGUGGUUCACGAGGUGCAUUUACAACGAACGGGAGGGGAAAAUCGUUACGUGAUGCAAAGCGCAAACGGAAGCAAGCAUACAGAAGCAGAAUUGAAGGCGAACGUUAAUCUAUGUGAACUGCGUAACGGACCAGUACUCAACGUGCAACAGAACAGAUUCACGAACAGGUUUGAUGACCCACUCGCGGUGCAGAGAAGCAAUUUGCUCAUAUGUUCCGCGAAAAAUGGCAAAUCAUACAGCGCCAGUUAUGAAGCAAAAAACAGGGGGGGAAGCAACCACACUGCCUUGAAGUAUGUCCAGCCCGAACCAGUACACAGGAGUAAUGCCCAAAUGGAUGGUAAAAAUGAAGGACAUAAUUUCACCCUACGCAAGAACUUAAACCAAAGCAGCUGCAAUUUUGUGAGUCCAAUUGAGUACUACACUACGCAGGAAGACGAGGGAAGAAAAGAACACAGCUCCAUCGCACAAAAUGUCAUACAAAAAUUUAGAAAUGAAGACCUUCAAAAGUAUUAUGCACUUAAAGGGAAAAUCUCUCAAAAUUGGAACCAUAAUGGUAGCGGUUGUACGAAUGAUAUCAACGGUGUGAGGAAUGGCAGCAUAUGCAAUGGGGGUAGCAACCAUGUGAUGUUAUCCAAAGGAGUGAAUCGUAUUCGGCAUGGUUAUAUUCAUCCACCAUCUCCCGCCCAUGUCAAUAACAGUAGCGAGGGAACUGUUUCAAAAAAUGUAAAAAGGAUCAACACUGACGGCAGUGUAAACGUUGUUAGCGGCAACUGUGUUAAGAAGAUGGCAGCUGAGAUAGACAAUAGGAAUCAUCAUGGAAAUUAUAAUGGUGGAGAAAAAAACGAUAAGCAGUGUAAUAAUAACGUAAUUGCACACGUACCUAGUGGAGGUGUAAGUUACUGGGGAGGAGCAGCUAGAGGUUCGGAAAAAGAGAGUACGUCCGAAAUGGCAAUAAAUGAAACAUGUAAGAGCAGGACGGUGGAGAAAAUUUAUCCGCAGAGUGGUUACUACUUAAGUAACAGCAACGAUUACAGUGGAAAAGACGAUGAUAAAACAAGUGCAUAUGGCACACGAAAUGGAAAUACCGCUAACUAUUUUAACACUACAGCGCAGUUCGCGGGUGUGAACAGAACACAGGAAAGUGCUACUCCUGAGAGUCCCACCCUAGAAAGUAAAAAAUCAUCCCCAAAAGGGGAACAUGUUAAAAGUAAUACCGUAAUGAUGGAUAGCAAUAAACAUUUGUCUUGUGUUAGUAAGAAAAUUAACUUUAGUGAGGGACGAGACGGAGAUAUCGUCCAUUUUGACGAAAAUGGGAAUGGAUUAAUGAGGACAGAAAAGAGAAAAAAUAAUUUUAAUGUACCAAGUGAAGGUACCUACUCGAGAGAAACACCACAAGGGAGAUCCAAUAUGUGUUGUGAUAAAAAAGAGACGUUAGACAUUUUUGCGAACGUUCAUGGAACUGUAUUGCAUAAGGAAGAGGCGAAGGAAAAAAUAAGUGAAGCGGCCCGGGGAGAUGACAAAAUAAAGAAGGUAUAUUUAGGCACCCGAAAUGGUGACCUUCAUAUUAGUAGCAUUAAACGAUGCAGCAUGACCAAGACAGGGAUUGCAGACAGAAGUAGGGGCACUCCGAUGCUGCAAUGGAAUAAAGCAUGUUGCCCUGAUGUAGGCACUGCUGCUGGGCAGGGUGCGGCGCAGGGAUGUAGUUCCAAGCAGGAGGAAGACGAAAUUGCGUUCAAGGUUGACGAUUAUGGCAACAUUAACGAUGUCAACAAGGAUGACAGUAAUGAUGGCAAAAAUGAUAACAAUAAUGGUGGCAAAUAUGAUGACAAUAAUGAUGACAAUAAUGAUGACAAUAAUGAUGGCAAAAAUGAUGAUAAUAAUGGUGACGAUAACGAAUGGGGGGGUCAUCUAAAAAAUGAAGGGAAAAGAGAAGGAUCAGCAGGAGGCUACGUUCAGGGAAGCGUACACAAUAGGCAGUCGCGUGCGAGUCUUUGCAAACGUUGGGAAGAAGCAAACCACGUAGGGGGGGAAAAAACCCAUUUGGACACGCCCAAUGAGCAGAAUUGCGAAGUUAGUUGGUGGUCCCCAUCCAACCCGAGUUUUAUCUUAGGAGGUGCGAAGGGCAGCAGCAAGAUGGUCAAAAGUGACAGUCGGGAAAACUACCAUUUGUGUGAAGUGGUGACCCCAGAAAAUCCCGCAGAUGGGAAUGCUUACCAAAGUACCAAUGCAGGAAAUACACAAUGGAGUAAAGAAAAAAGGGGAAAACACAUUUUGAAUAAAAAUAUAAACGAAUUAAAAAACGGCGUGAUGAAGAAGUACAGCAUGGAAAACUUAACCGACUCGUACAUUUAUCACUUAAAUAAUUUGAAUAAAAAUGCCAAGAUGAGAAGCGAGAAGGGGAAGUUAAAAAUGAAUACACGCUGUUCCAGCGUUCUGGAGAGGAAUGUUCCAUGUGUGAGUAGCCCUGAAAGGGAUGAUAUGAAUAAGGGGUGUGUAGGGGGUGAAAAUGAAAGGGGCAAGGGUACCAAAAAGGAAGAGGAAGUGAAUUACAUGAGGGACGAUAAAACUGGAGAAACACAACGCACUAAUUCAGUCUCGUCAAAUGGGAAAAUUAACAACUCUAUUUGUAACGAUUUGUCUACCAAAAACACGAAUAAUAGCAAUAAUGGAGGACACUGCGAGGUGCACUUAAAGGACAGUUCCCAUUCUGAAUAUAUGAACUUACUUGGUAGGGGAAAUCAAACGGAUAGUCAUUUCCAUGUGGGGGAAGCGCUCAGUAACUCUUCGCAAAAGGAGGAAAUGGAAAGGAACGAUUUUGUGGCACAUUUUAGAGGAAGUAACCUACAGGAGGACCCUGUUAAUGGUGGCGCUGAAAGGAGAGUCGAUGGGGUCCGAUCAAACGAUGGGGUCGGUGACUCGGAGGGGGCAUUCGAUAAGGGUGAAUCGGAUGGGGCGUUCGAUAAGGGCGAAUCGGAUGGGGCGUUCGAUAAGGGUGUGAAUGGAAGCAACGAUGGGGGAAGCAGUCGGAGCAGCGGAGUAAGUGGUAUGAGUGGUGUGAGCGGCAUGGUCGAUAUGAGCGACAUGAGCUGCCUGAACGGUUGCAGCCGCGAACCGAGCGACGAAGGAGAGAGAGUGACGCGAGCGCGGAAAGUAGCCCUACCGUGGAACAAGGACGACAUAGUUAAAGUCAACUACAGAAGUAGGAGCAUGAAGGGGAAAAGUAAUAUCACCAUAAACACCAAGUUGGCCAGGUACGAAAGGGUGCUCAUCCACACGUGCAUUAGCAAACUGAAUUGGAAAAAAUGCAUUGACAAUGCGAAUAAAGGAAUCUUCUACUGGAUAGGAUAUAACAUAACCGAUUUUGAUCAUUACAAUUAUAUGAAGAAGAAAAAAAUUAUAAAUAGAAUCCCAUCCAUGUAUAUGUAUACAAAGAAAAAGGCCUUAACAUUUUUACUGUCCCACUUGUCCCUGAUUUUCCCGUCCCUAUAUGACUUCUACCCAAACACAUUUGUAUUGCCGGAAAAUAAAAAUAUUAUAAAGUACAUUCUGAACAGUAAUAAUAAAGAUUACUACAUUAUGAAGCCAGAUUGUGGAAGCAUGGGAAUCGGAGUCAAAGUAAUACAUAAAUAUAGCGACAUUAACAUAAAUAUUUUGAAUGGGUACAACUGCUACAUUAUUCAAAAGUAUAUAGACAACCCCCUGUUGAUGUAUAAGAAGAAAUUUGACUUUCGUAUUUACAUCUUAUUACUUCCAGGGAAACAUUACCCUAAAAUAUACUUGUCCAAAAUUGGCUUUGCUAGAUUGUGCACAGAGGAAUAUAAAAAAAAAAAGAGAUACAUUUACAACACCUUUAUACAUUUAACUAACUAUAGCAUUAAUAAAGACAAUGAGAAAUAUAUUAAAAAAAAAAAUAUCCAUGAUAAGAAUAAUAAUAAGCAACUACUGAGUGAUGUUUUUAUUUACCUGAAGAAUAAUGGAUACGAUAUUGAUGAUAUAUGGAAACAGAUAAAGAAAAUUACUUGUCUAACCUCUUUGGCAAUUUAUUCCUACAUUAAGGAAAAGAUAAAGUACAAUUUUAAUAACAAUUUUUAUUUUUAUCAGCUAAUUGGGUUGGACAUCCUGCUGGAUGAUACGGGCAAAGCAUGGUUGCUGGAGGUUAACUCCAACCCGUCCCUCCGUAUUGACUACAUUGAUCCAAGCUACACUAACUUUGAAAUACAGUUGGAGAGCAUGUUCGACAGGUACGUCAAGGAGCCCGUGAUAAGCGAAAUGUUUUUAAUUGUGUAUCGGAAAAUUUAUAAAAAGUAUUUAUGGAGAAGGGGCAAGAAGGGCACACCCCCAGGCGUUAAUACUGGGGAAGACCAAACAGGGAAAGCGGGAAAGGCAGAAAAAGCGGGAAAGGCAGAAAAAGCGGGAAAGGCAGAAAAAGUGUGUAAAGCCGGCAGAACUGACAGAAUAGGCAGAGUGAAGGUUCAAAGCGGGUUCACGCACGAUACGUUUGUCCCCGUAAAUAUCAGGAAUGUCAAAAGUUGGGGGGCGCACAAAAAAAAAAUGGGCGAGAAAAUGAGCAAAAAAAUGGGCGAGAAAAUGGGCAAAAAAAUGGGCGAGAAAAUUGGCAAAAAAAUGGACGAAAAAAUGGACAAAAAAAUGGACGAAAAAGUGGGCGAAAAAGUGGGCGAUAAAAUGGGAGAAAAAGGCGAACCUAGUAGCACGUAUUUACCAAAGGAAAAUCUCAAAUAUGACAUACCCUGCAAUAACAAAAUUGACAAAAAAAAUGGCUUCACUCGGAAUAGCGGUGUAGGUAAAGUGCUUUCAAGUGGUCGCAAAAUUUACCCCCAAAAGGGGUGCACAGAUCAGUUAUCGUGUAAUGACCAGUGUGAGUCAAUAAGCAAGUGUAAAUUGAGUAGCACGCAAAAGGGGAAGCUGGGGAGUAAUGCGCAAGUGAUGAACAGGGUGAUAAAAAGAAAGGGAAAAACGAAAAAUGAUUUAUUCUUGAAAAAGGAAAAUAUGAGCAUCGUCGACACGUGCGUUGAUGAAAAUGAUAUCGGCAGUUUCAGUUUGUCCAACGAAAUGGACAACGAGGCUGAGGGGGGAAGAAGCCAACUGGAAAGCAGCAAUAAUAAGGGGGUCCAGGACGGAUACUCAACGAGGGUGACGAACCGAGGCGGUGUGGAAACUCCAGCAAACGAGGGAAUCACAUCGAACGAAACGAGCGAAGAAAUCGGACAUAGCGGCAGGUAUUCCAGCCGACCAUCCAUUAGCACCACCGGUUAUCUAAACGGCAUAAUGCAGAAAACACCUGGUGAUGAUGCCCAUGGGGGAGACCAUCCGCGGAGACAGCCAACAAAUGUGAAAAGAAAGUAUGCAAGUCAGCAGGAGGUCAAUUACGACGAAGGAGAGGGCUCCUUUUCGAACGACGAAAGAUUGUAUACGAGCUCAGAUAUGGACUAUGAAGAUAGCCAAGUGCAGAAUGGGGGAUACGGAAAAUCGAAUGCUGUGGGGGGCACAAAAAAGAGAAGUAGCAGCACGUACGCAUACGACUGUUAUAGUAGCGGUGGCAACAGUGAUGGCAGUGUGAAAUAUGUGGACAGAAACUUUGUUAACCAGUUAGGGGAAAAACAAAAUGGCGUCUUAAGCGCGAAAUGUAAUAAAGAGGAACGAUUGCGGUACCCCAGCAGAGGGGAAAAAGACCCACAUGAAAAAGAAAUGAACAAAAUGUGCAGUUAUGAAGAAUUACUAAAAAGGGAUAACAAACUAAUCGAGAACAACAUUCUAAAUAAGGAGACAUACGUACAGAUCGAUAAUCAAGAAGAUAUCCAGUUUGAUAGAUUCCUAAACGAUGACGUGGAAACGUACAAAUCACUCUCAAGAAAUAUUAGUGACAUUGUGUAUAAAAAGAAAAUCGAAAAUUUUAUUAUGAUUAGGAGUAACUUAUAUAAAUACAUGAACUGCUUAAAUGUCCUGGGAAUUCGCUACAUAAACAAUAAUGACAUAAACAAUUUUGAAGAACUGUACAAUAAAAACAUUUCGUUCGACUUGAAAAAGACCUACACAAAAAUCAGGAAAGAUAUUUUACAUCCCCUAAAAAAUAAUGUACUAGAAAAGAACAUAUACAUAAAUUUAAAAAAAGAAACGAGUAAAUAUUAUAACGAAAUGAAAAUAUACAAUGAUUGUUAUUUUCUCUUCGAUUUUGUGCUAAAAAAAUAUGACAAGAAUUUGAAGAAGAAUAAUAAGAAGGUCGAAUAUUACAUUGACAAAAAUACCUUCCUUUGCAUGUGUGCAGAUGUAAAAAUAAAUAAAAUAAUUGAAAAUGUAGAUAUCCCCACGAGCAGUUACAAUAAUUUGUUUGAGGUAAAUAAAAGCACGCACGAAAAUCAAAUGUUUCAAAUCGUUAAGGAGGUCUUGAAAAAUAAAAAUUGUGAGAACAAGGGGAAUUCUGGAAUGCACAGGAAAAGACACGUCAGUGAUGAGAACUGCUCGAACAACUCCAGCUUGGGGGACCCCACUGAUUUGUCAAACGAAAUUUUGUCGGAGGAACGCAUUUACAAGCGCAGGGGUAGAGGGGGGGAAGAUGCUGCAAAUUUUUCUUCCCUCCGAGGGGGCAAUGGUGGAAAUGGUGGCAAUACCGACAAUGAAUGCACCAUUCGCAGUGACAACCGCUGUAAGGAACAGCCCGUAAACGGCUCGUAUUAUGCCUCCAUCUUCUGCCCCUUUUCCCUAGUCCCAACGUCAAACAAUUUGGUGAAUUUCAACACCAUAGGAAUUGGCAGCACCAAGUACAAGAGCAAGAGGAGGAAAAAAAUGAACAUAUACGACUUGGAGUAUUUAUUUAUGAGGCAAGUGUUCUUCAGCAAGUACAUUAACAAAAACCAAGGCUUAACAGUUAUCGACUUUUUUUUACUAAUGCAACAGAUAGCCCUUUUGAUAUUCCCCUUCAUUAGCUACGUUAGUGCGUACAACGUUUCGUACCCCUAUAAUGGUGCCCUGUUUGACGAACUGAACAAUCAAGGAAAUAAUUUGUUCGCUAGUGGAGGUCCAGACACUGGCAUGGGAGGUAUGAAAAAAUACGUUAAGAGUAAAAAGAAAGGAGAAAAGGAUAAAUAUAAUAACGCUUACUUAAAGAGGGAAAAUAAGGAUUGUAACGGUUGUAACGAUGUGGUCAAUUCGGCAAAAAAAGACGUCAACAGUUUUCUUCAGAAGGGAGGAGAAGUACUAUAUGAUCAUUUGCAUUCCGAAUUGAGUAGAACAAAUUGUACCAGGAAUGGUAUUCACCAAGUGGAGGAGAAAAAAAAAAAUAAUUAUUUAUGGCAUAAAAAUGUUUGCAGCAAUGUUUACAAUUUGUAUGAGUACAUUCAAAUAGGCGUUAAUCCCACUGUUAAAAAUAUUUGUUUGGAAACUUUUUUAAAUUUUAUUUUUAACAAGUACGGAAUAAUACAGUUUUCGUAA